UGAAAAUGAAAAGGGGAACUGUGCAGCAAUAUGCUGAACAACAAAGGCAUCACUUCAGCUCAGUGUUGGCUGAAAGCCGAAGAGGGAAUAAGCUUAUUGUUUUCAGCAUCUGCUUUGUACGAGAAGUGCAUAUAAAGAAAGAUGUCAACGUACAGAAGAGUUGAUGACAGUGAUGUUCAGGACACCGGGAAGUCGACCAGCUGUGUGGUACUUGUUGUGAUCCUGGGCUGUUUGUCCGUCCUGGGGAUUUUAAUCGCCGUUGCCGUCCUGGAGAGACCCCGGCCGCCUAAAGAUCACGAGACACUUCCUAAGGACACUGGUGGGAGCAAUUCCUCCACAGACCAGUGCAGCAUGGCCCUCGUGGAGAGCAUUCCCCAACAUGUGGAAUAUAAAUCCAACGUGACGCGUGGGAUCCCUCUGGAACAAGCCUGGAAAGAUCUUAUCUCCAUGGCAACGGAAGAGGUUCUCGUGGUCUCCUUCUACUGGACUUUAACUGGGGAGGACAUCAACAUUAACUCCUCCUCUGACAUUCCUGGAAAGAACAUCCUGAGAGACCUUGAGGAGUUGCCCUCCAGGAACGUGUCUGUCCGGGUGGUCACCAGUGUUCCCACAGUCAGUAACAACUCCACAGAUUUAAAGGUCUUAAAAGCGAAAGGGGUUCAGGUGAGGAGCGUGAACUUUGGCCGCCUGACAAAAGGCGUCCUCCACAGCAAGUUCUGGAUCAUUGACAGGAAACACGUGUUCAUCGGCAGCGCCAACAUGGACUGGAGGGCUUUCACUCAGGUGAAGGAGCUCGGAGCGGUCAUGUACAACUGCUCCAGUGUAGCUCGCGACCUGUAUAAGAUCUUCCAGUCUUACUGGGUGAUGGGAGGAUCCAACAGCUCCCUGCCCAGACGCUGGCCCUCAGAGUAUGACACUGACAUCAACAAAUAUCACCCCCUCCUGGUGGAAGCCGACAAUGUCUCCAGCAGGAUUUACCUCUCAGGUUCUCCACCAUCAUUCUGUCCUCCCUCGAGGACACAGGACCUGGAGGCUGUUCUCUCCAUCAUCACAGAGGCCCAGCACUAUGUAGAUGUAGCUGUCAUGGAGUACUCCCCCACCACACGCUUUUUAAAGCCCAAGAGAUACUGGCCCUUCAUCGAUGAGGCCCUCAGGACGGCUGCAUUCGAGAGGAGGGUUAAGAUCCGGAUGCUGAUCAGCUGCGGACGUAACUCUGACCCGGCCAUGCUGCCCUUCCUUCAGUCCCUGGCGGCAAUGGACAGCCCUCGCCAUGGCAUCAGCAUUCAAGUUAAAUUGUUCAUACUGCCUGUGGGAAACCAGUCUGAUAUUCCCUAUGCCAGAGUCAACCACAACAAAUACAUGGUGACAGAUAAAGUCGCCUACAUUGGUACGUCCAACUGGUCAGGGGACUACUUUCUCACCACAGCUGGAGUGGGGCUGGUCAUUUCCCAGCAUGCUCCUCACGCUGUAUGGAGGACCAAGGCCCUGCAGGGGCAGCUCAGGGCGGUUUUUGAGAGAGACUGGUCCUCUGCGUUCGCUGUGCACCUCGACGACCUGGGGAACCACACAGACUGUGCACUGUCAACAUGACAGAAGAUUGAAGCUCCAAACAAUACAAUCAUUAAUGUUGUAUUUUAACAAAUCGCUUGAUAUCAUAUCAUCUAUGUAUCCAACUGUAUGACUUCAUAAAAUGAUAGACUAAUAACUGUUAACACGUUUUAAUCACUUAGCACUGUUUUUUUAUUCAGCAGUCCUCCAGUGUUAACUGAUUGUUCAAUGUAUGAUUACUAAAUGUACUUUUUAAUUAUUAACAUGUGUAAAUAUCUAUAUGUGAUUUCUGCAAAUAAACAAAAUAUAUUUGAGUUUCCUUUUGCUGCUGGCUGCACCUCACUGUGUGCUGAAUGGUAAUGUUGACCAUGACAGGACUUUAAAACCAGACGGUAACACCAGGAUUUGAACCUGAUGUACUCAGCUGCAGCUUGAAGCAGAAAACGUGGCAUCUGUGUAGACAACAGGUUUUGUUAGUUACACAAAGAGACUCUGUUACACUUAUUUUUGCAUUGUCCUCAUGCAGAAUUCCCAGGGAAAGAAAAUCAUAAGAUUUAUAAUUUUAAAGUUUUGUUUAAAAAAAAAUACAAUUUGGUUUUGUUAAUUACCUCCAGUGAGAAGGUUAUGUUUUCACCCCUGUUCAUUCGUUGGUUUGUUUGUUAAUAACCAAGAUUGCACAAACACAACCGAAUUGAUUACCACAAAACGUAUUGGAAGUAUGUGUAUAGGUCAGGGAGGAACACAUAAAUGUUUGCUACAGAUCCAAGUCAGGGGGUGGAACCAGGAUUGUUUCAUCAUUUUCUUUAACUUUGUGAGAUAGGGUGUUUGUUUUUUUUGACACAUUCACAGCUUUGCCUCUUGAUGAAAACAACAUGCAUGUUUAGGGAACUGAUAUCUAGUGUGUGAAGUUUGGUGCAGUUUGAUUGACUGCUGGGCCUCAGUGGACGUAUGUGCUCUACUAAGUGUCAAUCUAUUUUUUUAUUAUAAUCUCCAAUAAAAAAAAUGACUUUGACACAA